UUUUGACUCAAAAUACAAUCCUCCUCAUUCCCAUCGCCAUGCUUUGCCUUUUUCCCAAAUUCAUACAGGAACUUCCUCUUUGUAAUCUCUUGCCUCGAUAUCUUUCUGACCCACCACCACAUUCACGAUAUCUGUACUAAUAACUACUCUUAACAUACCCACAAAGGCAGUUAAUGUGUCAUGAUCCGGUUGAUUUUGCUUCUCUCUCGCCAUUGGGUAUGAGGAAUUUAGCGGUUUCAGAUCAGUUUCCCUACUGCGUGUCCCCCAGAAGGAAGGUAGUUUCUGGGUUCAGAUUAGGUCUCGUGGUCUCUCUCAUUGUCCUGAGUGUUGUACUGUUCAAUGUAUCUUUUAAGGGUCCCUUUUUUAGCCCUAUGUUUCAAGGGGUUAGCAGCAGUUCUCGUGUGAAUAAUAAUAGUAGUGCUUCUCUUGUCUCUUGGCCUUUUUCUUUUUCGAGUACUACUGCAUUUUCUUCUCCUCGUUCCAAUAGUAGUAGAGUUUCUGGUUCUAUUGCUUCUGAUGAAGACAUGCAAAAUUCUGGGGAUUUGAGACAGAAUGUUUAUGGAGAAGGGAAUGUUGUUGAUAAAACCCAUGAAGUAAAUGGGUCUGUGGUUGGUAAAAAAGGAGAUGUUUUGGGUUCUAAUGAUGUAGGGAUAAAUUUGGGGAAGACAAAUGGGUCUCUGGUAAAUGGAGAUGUUUUGGGUUCUAAUGGGGAAGGGAUGAGUUUGGGGAAAACCCAUGUGGGGAAUUUCUCUGAGAAGGUUAAAAAUGGAAGCUUGACCCUUGUUGAAGGAAGGGUUAAAGAAAAAACCCAGUUUGUAUAUGGGUCAGAUAUCGGUAAACAUGCAAAUUUCACAAAAUCUGAAGGGGAAGGAGCGGUUUCGGGGAUGACCCACGCUGGGAAUUUCUCUGAGAAGGUUGAAAAUGGAAGCUUGACCCAUGCUAAAGGAAGGGUUGAAAAUGGGUCUGAGAUUGGUAAAAAGGCAAAUUCUGCAAAAUCUGAAGGGUUAGCGGGUUUGGGGACGACCCGCGUGGGGAAUUUUUCUGAGGAGAUGAAAAAUGGGAGCUUUGGUGGUGGAGAUGUGGUGGCUGGGAAGAGUGUUAAUGAAGUUUCUCUUAAUACCUCUGUGAAUAAGGUCACUGGAGAUGGCCAUGUGGGCAAUUUAUCAAAUAGUAAUAUAGGUAAUAUUAGUGUCCCUUCUAACGAUCCUCAACCUGUGAAAAAGCAGAAGGAUUCAGUUGGAAACUGUGAUAUCUUUGAUGGUAGAUGGGUGAGAGAUGAAACGAAACCCUAUUAUCCUGCAGGCUCUUGCCCGUUCAUUGACAAGGAUUUUGAUUGUCACCUUAAUGGGAGGCCAGACGGUGAGUAUUUGAAAUGGAAAUGGAAGCCAUAUGGCUGUGAUAUUCCAAGUUUUAAUGCAACUGAUUUUCUGGAAAGACUCAGAGGGAAGAAGCUGGUUUUUGUGGGGGAUUCACUUAAUAGGAAUAUGUGGGAGUCUCUUGUUUGCAUCCUCCAUCAGAGUGUCCGUAACAAGAACAGAUUACAUGAGAUAUCUGGAAAGACAGAGUUUAAAAAGAAGGGUUUCUAUGCAUUCAGACAUGAGGACUAUAACUGUACUGUGGAUUUCGUUAGCUCUCCAUUUCUUGUCAGAGAAAUGUCUGUUAACGGUACAAAAGGUCCUUUGGAAACACUACGCUUGGAUUUGAUGGACCAGACAACUUCGAUGUAUGCUGAUGCCGAUGUUGUAGUCUUUAAUACAGGCCAUUGGUGGACUCACGAGAAAACCUCUAGAGGAGAAGAUUAUUAUCAGGAAGGCAACCAUGUAUACCCGAGGCUCCAGGUCCUAAAAGCAUACAAGAAGGCACUGAAAACUUGGGCCAGAUGGGUAGAUAAGAACAUAGAUGGCAGCAGAACUCAGGUUAUCUUUAGGGGAUUUUCAGUUAUCCAUUUCAGGGGAGGGCGAUGGAACUCAGGAGGGAAGUGCCACAAAGAAACCGAGCCAAUCUUCAACCAGAAAUUCUUAGCAAAGUACCCUUCAAAGAUGAAAGUUCUAGAAGACAUUGUCCAAGAAAUGAAAACGACUGUAAUAUAUCUCAACAUUAGUAGGCUUACAGGUUACCGCAUAGAUGGCCACCCGUCCAUUUACAGAAGGCAAUACAACACAGUCGAAGAACAGAUUGCUGCCAUGCAUUUUCAGGAUUGCAGCCAUUGGUGCUUACCCGGAGUACCCGAUACUUGGAACGAGUUGUUAUACGCUUCUCUCCUCCAAGCCGGAAAAGGUUCUUGGGGAAGCUGAAAUUGCAAUUCGUGACAUAGGUAUAUUUCUCCUUUGUAUGUUUACUUAGUUCAGAGCUUUUAGAAUUGGCCAAGAUUUGAAUUCUAAAGAUAACCGGUAAGGGAGUCCUUUUGUCCCUGAAAUUUCAUAUGCUCAUUUUUUUUUUCCGAGUUCCCACUGCAUUCUGUUGUGGGAAUCGAUUUGGGACGGGCGACAAGGCGUUUUGGGAUAUAGGAUCCAAUUGUCCAGAUUACCCGUGUAGAAAUUCGGCUUUUGUAGAGUCCAGUCAUUAUUCUGUAAUAUUCUUUUGUUUUAUUCUGUAAUAAUUCAUAACCGUUGAAAUUUCAUAUAAUGUAGGGAAUGUUCAGUAA